AUGCCAUCAGAUCAAAGAGUGAAACUUUGUGGAAAACAGUCGUUCGAUAAAGGAUUCUUUAUGUCAGUCAAGGCAAUUCAAUUGUUGAGAAAAAAGAAUGCAUCGAGGGUCAUUGUUAUUGGUGUUGCCGGUCCUAGUGGAGCUGGAAAGACAAGUCUUGCUCAUAAAAUUGUAUCAGUUUUACCAAAGACUGUUUUAAUUUCAAUGGAUAACUAUUUAGAUAGUUCAAGACAAAUCUUGGAGGAGAACUAUGACGAUUAUAGAUUGGUUGACUUUGAGUUGUUGAGAAAGAAUAUUACUGAUCUGGUUGGAAAUCGUGCCACCGACCUACCACUCUACGACUUUACCAAGAGUGGAAGAUACGCCUAUAAGAAUGUGCAACCACCCGAAUCCAAGGUUGUCUUGAUCGAAGGUAUCUACGCUUUGCACGAGGAGAUUCGUGAUUUGUUGGAUCUUCGUAUUUCUAUAUCGGGAGGUGUCCACUUUGACUUGAUCAAGCGUAUCUUUAGAGAUGUCUCGCGUACCGGACAGCAGCCACACGAGUCGCUGCAACAGAUCACCGACACUGUCUACCCAAUGUACAAAGCUUUCAUCGAACCCGACCUACAGCUUGCGGAAAUUAAAAUCGUCAACAAGUUCAAUCCUUUUUCUGGACUGCUCAACCCGAUCUAUAUCCUCAAGUCGGUGAAGGCCGCCGUCACUCAGGAGCAGGUGCUUGCCGUUCUCAACAAACCGGUGACUCAAACCGUCGCUCAGUACUACGAUAUCUAUUUGAUUCCACCCGGUGUCACCGAGACCUCGUCCUACGAUUGGAUCCGUGUGAGAAACAGUGACGGUAUCUACAGUAUCAUGUUCAGUGAGGAGAUCAAAGAAUCAGGAUUCAUCAUUUCGCCACGUGUCGACUUUAUCGUUGGUGUCAACAUGCUCGGUGGUCUGAUGUCGCUCGGUUACCAGAUGGUCGCCAUCAUCCAUCGUAAAUCCACUAUCUUCAAGGAUGGCAAAAUCAUUAUAAGUUUCGACGAGCUCGAAGAGUUGGGACAGACCUUUGUUCAGAUCAAGGGUUUCGACGCCAACUCUGUACAGGAAGCCGGAAAGAAGCUUGGACUUGGCGAAAAGGAAUACAUCCAAAAGUCAUAUAUAGAAUUAUACCAAGAGAAAUAUAAGAAAUCGAAUGGACAAUCACCAGCUUUAAAUAAUACUUUGAAUUCCAGUAAUAUUAGUAAUAGUACCAAUAAUAGUAAUAACAAACAAGAAUCAUCAUUAUUAUUAAGUAGUUUCUUACAACCAAAACUUUAA